AUGAAUUUAGUUUGGAUCCUCUCGUUUCUUGUAUUGGAUGUUGUUCAAGCCCAAACCGAUUAUUCACAAUAUGUGAAUGUUUUUACCGGAUCACAAAAUGGUGGCAAUGAUUUCCCUGGUGUUGCUCGACCUUGGGGGAUGGUCAAGCUUGGCCCGGAUCUUCUUGUCCAGGGUACUGACUCGUACUCUGGCUAUCUUCCCAAUGGUAAUUUUUCUGGCUUCAGUAUGAUGCAUGAGCACGGCACUGGAGGUGCACCAAAAUAUGGAACGGUUGCUCAAUUGCCUUUGGUGGGACAAAUCACCAACCCUUUGUCAAGUAUAACUGUCGGCAGAGCAGUUCCAGACCAAGGCUCUGUGGGCUAUUACAGGGCUCAGACAAGUGACAACAUUGUUGUCGAGCUUGCUGCUACUUCACAUGCUGGACUGUAUCAAUAUACCUUUCCCGCUGCAAGCACUGGAAACAACAUUUUGAUUGACGUCAGCCACGUGGUUCCGUCUUUCAGAGGCCAAGGUUUGAGUCAAGCAUACGACGGAGGUAGUUUCCAAAUAUUUCCAGACGGUCAUUAUGAGGCAUCUGGUGUGUACAACAAUGGAUGGAAUAGAUCUCCUGAUUGGACGAUAUAUUCAUGCGGAUACUUCAACGUAACAGCUUCUGCUUCAAGCGUCUACACAAAUACCGCUGCUAGUGGUAGCGUCAUUCAGCCCAAUAACACGGCUACUGCGGCCGAUUUGAACACUGCUGUUGGUGGACUCUAUACGUUCAAUACUACCGCUGUCGCAUCACGUGUCGGAAUUUCUUGGAUCUCCAAGGAGAAGGCAUGCCAGAAUGUCAACGAUGAGAUCCCAGAUGAUGCCACAUUCUCAACAGUUGUUGCAAACACUAAAUCCGUUUGGAACAAUGAAAUUCUAUCAAGAAUCACAACAACUUCCACCAACGCCACAAAUCUUGGAUUACUAUAUACCUCCAUGUAUUUUAUGAGUCUUCUUCCAACCAAUCAGACAGGAGAAAAUCCCGGAUGGACUUCCACGGAACCAUAUUACCAAGAUAUCUUCACUCUUUGGGAUUUAUUCCGAUGUGGCACGGCACUCUUUCACGUCCUCCAACCCAUCGCUUACGAGGAAUACAUUCGUUCUUUAAUUGACAUUUGGCGUCACGAUGGCUACAUGCCCGACGCCCGCUCAUCCAACUAUAACGGCCGAACCCAAGGUGGUUCCAACGCCGACAAUGUUCUCGCCGACGCCUAUGUGAAAGGGGUCCGAGGUCAAAUCAAUUGGGACGAUGGCUACGCAGCCAUGGUCACGGAUGCCGAAGUUCAACCUAACAACACCGUGCCACCCGACCCAAUGGCUCCCGAUUCUUCCACCAAGGAAGGGAGAGGUGCAUUGCCUGAUUGGAAACAAUACGGUUAUAUCACCCCGACAUAUAGUCGUGCCGGUUCUCGCGCCGUAGAUUACGCAUAUAAUGAUUUCUCACUCUAUCAAGUAGCCAAUGGACUGGAAAAUUCCGACGAUGCAGCUAAAUAUCUGGCUCGAUCGCGAAAUUGGAGGAAUCACUGGAACCAUAAUUUGACCUCUAUCGGAUACUCUGGUUUUGUGGUUCCUCGCACAGCAGCAGGUUCUUCGACGCCGUUCGUAGCCGUGGAUCCUUUAAAUAAUAAUGGAUAUUGGGGUGAUCCUUUCUACGAGGGAAGUUCGUGGCACUAUUCCUUUGGUGAUAUCCAUGAUAUGAAUACCAUUAUUGAGUAUAUGGGAGGCGAUGACACGUUUUAUGAGAGGUUGGAGACCAUGUUUACAGUUGGCGCCAAUCCGAAUAAUCCAGGCGGUAUCAUUUUUGAUGAUACGAAUGAAGUCACCUUCAACGUCCCCUACCUCUACAACUUCAUCAACAACCAAUCCCGCUCCACCUACCAAUCACGAAAAGUAGCCAAAGCCUACAACCUCUCACCCAGCGGUCUCCCCGGUAACUCCGACGCCGGCGCCAUGCAAACAUGGCUCAUAUGGAACAUACUGGGACUCUACCCCAUCACCGCGACCCCCAAUUUCCUGCUCACAUCCCCCUGGUUCGAAAGUACCACGAUUCAUUUAUCACCAGCCGCAUCUUCCUCCUAUGAGUAUGAGAGGAAAACACUCACGAUUACGAGUGUAGGCGGUGAUGGGAAUGGCGAUGCGGAUUUUUAUGUGCAGAGUUUGAGAGUGAAUGGGAGGGAUUGGGAUAAGAAUUGGGUGGAGUGGAGUGAUGUUUUUGAAAAAGGGGGAACGUUGGAGUUUGUGUUGGGGAGUGAGCCGAGUAAGUGGGAUGAGGGGGGUGAGAGGGUGCCAAGUCCGGCGACGGAGGGGGUGGAGAGUAGGAGUAGGAUGAGGUCUAGGGGGUCAAACUGGGAGAUAUGA